GCCGUGCCCAGCACGCCCUGGGCCUUGGGGUCGAGACCUCGGACUUCCGGGCCCCCACCUCCUCCUUGAGCGGGCUGAUACGGGGACAGGAGGGCACGCCGGGAGCUCGGGCCGCCCUGGGAGGGCCUCCCGAAGGAGGACGGAAGGGGGAGGCAGGCUGCCAGGAUCCUCCGCGGGCUACAGCAGGAGCUGAUGACCCUUAUGAUGUCUGGUGACAAAGGAAUUUCUGCCUUCCCUGAAUCCGACAACCUUUUCAAAUGGGUGGGGACCAUCCAUGGAGCAGCUGGCACAGUAUACGAGGACCUGAGGUAUAAACUCUCCCUGGAGUUCCCCAGUGGCUACCCUUACAAUGCACCCACGGUCAAGUUCCUCACGCCCUGCUACCACCCCAACGUGGACACCCAGGGUAACAUCUGCUUGGACAUCCUGAAGGACAAGUGGUCUGCCUUGUAUGAUGUCAGGACCAUCCUGCUGUCCAUCCAGAGCCUGCUAGGAGAACCUAACAUCGAUAGCCCUUUGAACACACAUGCUGCUGAGCUCUGGAAAAACCCCACAGCAUUCAAGAAGUAUCUGCAAGAAACCUACUCAAAGCAGGUCUCCAGCCAAGAACCCUGACUGUCUAGCCUCUUUCCUUGUGUUGUCUUUUUAUUUUCUCCUUAGAUGGUCUGUCCUUUCCUUCAUUUCUGCCUAGGACUCUGUAUCUUAAACUGUGGUGUUAUUUUUGUUUUGUUUCUGUUUUUUAAAUUAAGUGUCUGGUUGAGCCCUUGUGAUGAAUAUAUUAAAUAAAUACAUUGGUUGGGUUUUUUUGGGG